AGGACGAUUAAUACAAGUUAAAGAACAACUUGAAAAGGAGAAUGUGCAAUCUUUUUAAUCUGUAUCCUUGGAUAAAAAAUUAACCCCAACAAGAGACCAGAUUAAAUGGAAAAACACCUCGAGAAGGAAGAGGGCCACUUUUCUCUUCCUGUGGUCAGGCUCAUUCUGAUCGGUGGGAGAUGGGCUGGGAAAAGCUCCUCUGGAAACACAAUACUGGGAAAGGAGAGGUUCGAGUGUGGAAGGACCAGAACAGCUCAGUCUGAAGUGAGACACGAAGUGGUUGCGGGAAGGGAGCUUGUCGUGGUUGAUGCCCCAGGAUGGAGCUACUUGCAGUCCCUUUCCGAAAUACCAGAGGUGGACAAACAGCAGUUCAAGCUCAAUGUGUCACAGUGUCCUCCUGGGCCGCACGCUUUCCUCCUUGUCAUACCCAUCGACUCGGCAUUCACCAUCGAGCAAAGGAAGCCCUUGGAGCAGCACAUGAAACUUCUCGGGGAACGGGUCUGGAGAAACACCAUGGUGCUCUUCACUUGCGGUGACUUACUGGGGCCAAAGAGAAUAGAGCAGCACAUUGAGAAUGAGGGAGAGGCACUCAGGUGGUUGGUGGAGAGAUGUGGGGACAGGUACCAUGUUUUCAAUAAUAAGGUGAAGAAUAACUCAUCUCAGGUCACGCUGCUGUUGGAGAAGAUAGAUUGGAUGGUGCUGCACAACAACGGCGAUUACUAUCAGGCAGAUGAACAUACCCUUCAGCUCAUUAAAGAAAAGCAAAAGGCAGUAUCUGAAAGGGCAGAUAAAAGACGGAAGAAGGCAGAGGAGCAAAGACAAAAGAUGAAAGUGCUAAAUCCAGGAGGGCUCAACUUGAACCCAGAACUCAGGAUAGUUCUUGUAGGUAGCCGAAAUGUCGGGAAGACCUCAGUAGGGAACACCAUCUUGGGAAUCAAAGAGCAGGAAGAUGGGAAAAGAACGACACAUUCAGUGCUCAAGCAGGGUUAUGUGGACAAAACUGCCAUUAAACUGGUUGACACACCAGGCUGGUGGAAAGGCUUUUCAGUCACAGAUACCACUGAAAUGAUCAAACAAGAAAUAAUGAGCAGCAUGUUUAUGUGUCCUCCUGGGCCCCAUGUGUUCUUGCUUGUGAUCGAUGCAGAUACAUCCUUCAAUACCAAGCACAGAGAUGCUGUGACAGGACAUCUGGAGCUUUUUGGGGAGGAUGUGUGGAAACAUACCAUGAUGGUUUUCACCAGGGGUGAUUGGUUGGGGAAAAAGACCAUAGAGCAGUACAUUGAAGGGGAGGGAGAGGCCCUGCAGUCUCUUGUUGACAACUGUGGCAACAGAUACCAUGUCAUUGACAAUAAGAACACAGAUGAUGGCACUCAGGUUACAGAAAUGAUGGAGAAGAUCAGUAAUAUUAUCAUGGUGAACAGCAGACAACCUUUUGUCACAGAUGAGCAGAUCUACCUAGUCCUUGAAGAGAAAAAAAAGAAAGUAGAGGAAGGGGCAAAAGUGAGGCAAACUAAUGUCAAGAGCAAAAGAGAGGGAAUUCAAGGUUCCAGAAACCAGCCACAGGAGAUCAGGUUGGUGUUGCUUGGUGAGAAGACAGCUGGAAAGAGUGCAUCUGGAAAUACCCUCUUGCGCAAAGAAGUUUUUGCCGCUUGUACCAAUAAAUACUGUCAAACAGAGAAAGGAGAGGUUGCUGGCAGACAGGUUACAGUGACAGACACCCCAGGCUGGGGGAAAAAUACAUUCAUGUGUACUGAGGAGAACAAAAAAGAGAUUGUCGGAGGUCGGUCUCUUUGCUCAUUAGGAAUCCAUGCUCUUCUGCUGGUCAUUCCUGUGGACAUGGCAUUCACAGAGGUAAAGCAGAGAACCCUGCAGGAAUACAUGGGCCUGUUUGACAUCAGUGUUUGGAAAUACACAGUUGUCCUAUUCACCUAUGGCGACAGGCUAGCAGACAAAUCAGUUGAAGAGUACAUUGAGAGGGAGAAAUACUCUUUACAGUGGUUGGUAGACAAGUGUGAGAACAGAUACCAUGUCCUCAAUAAUACGCUGAAAACUGAUAAAACCCAGGUCAUAGAGCUAUUUGAGAAGAUAGAGGAGAUGGCGACAGGAAACGGCAACCAGCUUUUCAGUUUUGACAUGAGUGCCAUCCACCAAAAAAUUCAGGAGAAGUCCAAAAGGUGGGAGAACAGGCAUGUGCUACAGCAACGUCUGGAGCAGGAGUACAGGAGAAGAGAGCUGGGGCUGAUGACAAGGUUCAGGCAAACACUCAUGGGUCUGCAAGACGAGAUCAGAGAAAAGACCACUAAAAAGAAUUCCUCUUCUGGUGAGAUGGCAAAGAUUAAAACCAUAGUUAUUGGUCACAAGAAGAAAGAUGGAAAGGAGAGGAUUGAAGUGGUUGAGAAUAAAAUCUGCCAGGAACUUGAAAAACUAAAUAUGGACAUACUGAGAUCCACAAAAUGUCUUUGGAGCAGCAAGGAGUUUACGCCCCCAGACAUGAAUGGGUCGGUGCAGGACUUUGAUAAAGUGCUGUGUUGGCUGUCUACCCUUCAAAUAAGCAGAAAUGUUGAGCACCAUCUGACCCUGAACUUCUCCGAGGCAUCAUCAGGAUAUAAAUCUCUACCAUCAGCAGGCUAUUUCAACACCCAGACAUAAAGUCUUGAAUGCAGCAAAAGACAGGCUCAUUCUGUUUUGGAAAACCUCAGUAGGCUAUUGUAAAUUAAGCUGUGCUGCGCACGGAUGAUUUGAGUGUGUAAAAACUACACGGACCUUAUUUUAUUUGGUAUUAUGAUGUAAGUUUAAUCAGCAACAUAGCCAUUUGUCAGUUCAUCUAAUUUUGCUUUUGUCCAUUACUAUACUUUGUAAAUGCACAAGGAGAUAUAAACCAAGGUUAAAGCAGUUUAAUCAUUUUUCUAAAGGAUGCUGAUGCAUAAAUUGUUAUAUUUGUACAAAUGUGUCUGUGCAUUUAUUUCUGGGACAUUUUCAGGCAUGUCUGGAAACUUUGGUUAACAACAUGUUUCUAAAUCACAUAACAACUGUAUAUGGUAUAAUAAAAUGUAUAUGGUAUGUAUAAAAGAGCUGUAUAUGGUAUUGGUAAAAAUGUUCACUUGCAAUUGAUUAAAUUUGCCUGAAA